GAAAUAUUUAAAAUUGUUUGGACAGACCCCAUAUUCACCUUAAAGUUAUCCAGAAAGUCUCCUUCCAACCAUUUUCAUUUCUACACAUCCAAGCAUGAAAUUCAAACCGGUUAUCAGUGAUAAGCCAAAUAUCCACAAAUACCGAGUGCGGGAUGUCACAAUUUUAUCUGCCACUGUUAUCACAUGUACCAUUUUAUUAUGUGUAUUUAUGAACUACGGACACCUUUCUCUUCUGUUCAAGAUUCCUAUUUUCCCCAGUUAUGACCCUGUGAGCCACGAAUACUUCUACUCGGUGAGGAAAAUAACGGAGAACGUCAAGGAUAUCCUCCCAAUCCAUUCGCAUAACGAUUACACGAGGAGUAUUCCAUUAUUUCAUGCCGUCAAAUAUGGAUGCAAGAGCUUUGAGGCGGAUAUUUGGCUCAAAGAUGAGAGACAAAGCUCAGCAGACCCCGAAUACUUGUAUGUGGGCCACCACAGCACCAACUUGAACAAGUAUGAGACGUUGGAUUCGCUCUAUUUGGACCACUUGAUGUAUAUGUUGGACGAAAUGAAUGCGAACAACAAUGGAACAAAGAAAAACAGCAUCUACGCAAACAUUCCACAAGAAACGGUCUACUUCGUUGUUGAUUUCAAGACCCACGCCAACCCCACCUUCGACGUCUUGAGAGAAAAGUUGCAGCGCUUUAUCACGAAGGGAUAUUUGAGCUAUUAUGAUUUUACCAGCAAUACGUUCGUGGAAGGUCCCUUGACGGUGAUCAUCUCGGGGUUCACCCCU